AUGUUCGGAAUCAUCAGACAAUCCGCUCUCCACCCGCCUGCCGCGCCACAAGCUGUUCGGUGCUUCAGCGCCUCCGCUAUCCAGCUCAAGAAGCGAGACCCUUCCCUCCCGGUCGCACCCAAGAACCCGGCCACACCCUACACCCUCUUCGUCAAGGAGUGGUUCCCCGCCAACAAGGCCCAACACAAUGGUCCUGAGGGCAAAUUCGACCUCAAGACCAUCUCAACCGCAAUGAGCAACGCAUGGUCCGCCCUCACCGCGAACGACAAGCAAACCUACUCGGACCGGGCCAGGGAUCUCAGAAAGACCUUUGACACCGAGUACAAGAAGUGGUACAACGAGCUGGACGCCGAGACGAUCAAGUCGAUUGAGGCGGCGACGGGGAAGAAGCUGGCACCUCCGGGUGGGAAGAAGGCCAAGCUGCAGGCGCAGAGGGAGAGGCCAGGGAACCCAGGGCAACCCCUUACGGCGUUCUUUGAGUUCAUGCGGGAGUUCAGGCAAAGCAAUUCGGAUGGCAAGGCGGGGAGUGCGGUGGCGAAGGAGGCUGGGGAGGCAUGGCGGCAGAUGAGCGAGGACGACAAGCAGAAAUACCGGGAUACCGCCGCCGAGAAGAAGGCCAAAUACCUCGAAUGGCAGAAGACUCUUCAACAGUAA